AUGGCCGAGCACCACCUCCCGCCGGAUCCCACCGACUACCACCACAGAGGCGGGAGGAAGGGCGUCCACGCCGACGACCUCUCCCGCGGCCGCUGCUACAGCUACUACUACGGCUACGGCGGCGGCGGCGGCGGAGGUGGCGGGCGCGCCCUCUGCUUCGCCUUGCUCGUGCUCCUCCUCGCGGUCGGCAUCACCUGGCUGGUGCUCUACGUGGUGUACCGCCCGUCCCACCCCAACCUCGCCGUCACCUCCGCCGCCGUCCUCGCCCUCUACAACGCCACCGCCAACACGGCGGGUGGCGCCACCGCGCUGGCCGCGUCGUUCCAGUUCACGCUGGUGCUCCGCAACCCGAGCGCGCGGUCCGCGGCGCGGUACGACCGGCUGGCCGCCUACGCGGCGUACCGCGGGGAGCCCCUGACGCCCGCGACGCCGAUGCCUCCGCUGGCGCAGGACGCCGGCACCGCCGUGGAGGUGGCGCCCGUGCUGGGCGGCGGCGUCGCGGCGCCGCCGGUGCCCGUGUCGCCCGACACCGCGGCGGCGCUGGCGGCGGACGUGGCGUACGGCGUGCUGGCGCUCCGCGUGGUGGUGCUGGGCCGCGUCCGGUUCGUGUCCGGGCCGUUCCACAGGGGGUGGCACUCGAUGUACGCGCGCUGCGACCUGCUGCUCGGCGUGCGCAAGGCGGCAGGGAACAACGGCGCCGGUGGCGGGCCCCAGCAGGCGCCGCUGCUUGGCGACCCCGCCUGCAACGUCGACAUGUGA